AUGACCACCAAUACGGCAACCCCAGGCACUAGACACCCUGAAACGGUCAAGCUCCAGGAAACAAUUCACCGUUACCGGCCCUCUAAAGCAUUUUCCAACUUUGCAAAAGGCGCAGAAGUAACAUCCCUCGAUUUCGAUGAUACUGGUGAAUUCUGCAUAGCAGCUGGUGAUGAUGAAACCCUCCAACUAUACGACUGUAAACUUGGGAAACACAACAAAACGCUCUACAGCAAAAAGUAUGGAUGUCAUCUUGCAAGGUUCACACACACGCAGAGUAAUCUGCAAAACAGAGCUGAUCACGGGCCCUCCAUGGGUACAGACACGAUUCGCUACCUCUCCCUUCAUGAUAACACAUUCAUCCGUUACUUUAAAGGCCACAAACGGCUUGUGACAUCGCUAGAGGUCUCCCCAGUAGACGAUCAAUUUAUAUCUUGCUCCCUCGAUGACACUGUCCGAGUGUGGGAUCUUCGGACCCCCAACUGUAACGGUCUUCUCAAUAUCUUGUCCCCAUCACUUGCUGCAUUCGAUCCUUCCGGUAUCAUCUUUGCCGUUGCUUCUCACGCAUCAAGCUCUAUCUUGUUGUAUGAUUUGCGCAACUAUGACAAGCAGCCUUUCACAACCUUCACCCUAACGGACGACACAUUCCUCCAUGCCUAUUCAUACCCAGCUCGUAUGCCUGCAUGGUCGAAGCUCGAGUUCAGUAAUGAUGGAAAACAUAUGUUGGUUGGAACUCGGGGACAUGCCCACUAUGUUAUUGAUUCGUUUGCGGAGAAUACCUCGCAGUUUCUAUAUAGGACUAAACGGCCAAAUGGGCCCACAAAUCCGAAAAAGAUUGAGACUUCGGGUGAUGUCUGUUUGACGCCUGAUGCGAGGUACAUAGUUGGAGGGCAAGGCGAGAAGGGAGUCGUGGUUUGGGAUACUUGGGUACAGCCAGAUGACAAAAAAACACUAAAGCCAUUUGUGGAAUUGGCAGAAAAUAGUAAAGUUAUGGCAAGUGUGGUUGCUUUCAAUCCGAAAAUGAACCUAUUUGCAACGGCGCAUAAGGAUGUGACAUUCUGGCUCCCGGAACAGCAUGCCCCAGAUGCGCCAGCCUCCGAGACGCCGGUGGCAGCAAGAUAG